GUUGGAGCAGCUUUGCCUGUUGAUGUCUUAACAUAUGAGGAAAAAACGCUGUCUGCCAUAUUAAGAGUUAUUAGCAGUGGCCUCGUCAAGCUGUGGAGUGCUCUAACAUUGCUGGGCUUCUACCAGAACAGGAGGUGUGCCUUUCGAGUGCUGCAGACAUCUCCGUUUCUUCUUGCGUUAUCUGGCAACAGUAGAGAACUAGUCUUGGACUGAAUGCAGUUGUUGGUUUGGUUGUACGAAGCAGAAGUUGCUUGAGAUGUUGCAGCCCUUCAGGCGUGGAAUUUCUGGAGGGGAUUUCCGACAAAGAGCCUUGACAAAGCUAACAGUUAUCAACUCCCUCCUUGGACAUCCCUUCCUUCAGAGUUUACACAUAAAAGUUGGAGACAAAGCUGAACUUACGAAAGCUUUUACACAGAAUGAUGUGGUUACUUUUUCUGAUUUAACAGGUGACACAAAUCCUUUGCAUUUAAAUGAAGAUUUUGCAAAGAAAUCUAGGUUUGGGAGAACUAUUGUACAUGGAGUUUUGAUCAAUGGACUUAUUUCUGCAGUUCUGGGUACUAAAAUGCCCGGUCAAGGUUGUGUAUUUCUUUCUCAGGAGAUCCGAUUUCCAGCUCCUUUGUAUACUGAUGAAGAAGUCAUAGCUGCAGCGGAAGUUAAACGACUGAAGGGUUCUAUUGCGCACAUUUCAGUAUCAUGUAAAGUCAAAGAAAGUGAAAAGACCGUUAUGGAAGGGAUGGUGAAAGUCAUGGUGUCAGACAGUCAGAGCUGUUGAUCCUAUGCUACUUACUAUAAAGGUCAGAAAUGUACA